UGAGUUUAGAUUUUGAAUCUGAUCAUGAAGUUGUUGUCUGAUGACACGAAGUUACUUGAUAAAGCUCUCUAGUGUUGGAUGUGCUAAAAGUGAAACCCUGGCACCAGAAGCCAUGGACAGAUCAUUCGGAGAAAGCUUUUUGUUAACAAAUCGGAGUUCGCCUGCCAUUUUCUAUCUAUCUAAGUCGAACGAAGCUGUUAAAGGAGCGUUUGGAAAGAGCACCAAGGAGGAAGAAGAAGAAAAGGGCAACCCCGUGAAACUACACCGAUGUUUGUCCCACGUUAAGGUUUUCAUCUGGUUUGCGAGCAGUCUUAAUGGAACUAAAUUGAGGUCAGACUAUUUUCAUUGGAUGCUAUCUUUGUGCUCAGAUGUAGGGUUGGCUGCAGAGUCUAGAAGUGGAAGUGUUCGAUUAUACAGAGCUUUCAUCACAAAAGAUACCUGGAAAUUUGGAGAGCGGAUUUUCUUUCGCCUCUACUUCCUAAUGAGGCUGAAAUAUGUUCAGAUUUUGAUCCUACUGUCAAGAUAAAGUCAAUUUCCACUACAAUGAAGAUUGUGGGGAGCAUGGAUGCAGUUGCUCUUUAAGCAGUGGAAUGACUUGAGAUGAGACAGUCAAUCUAUAAAGCUUUGACACUACCUGUGUUCUUACAGGUUGAUUUAGUUCUGUGAAACUUGAAGAUGAGUUGGAACUUAAUGCUCUUGAUAACCCUAGCAGCCGCGUGGCAAUGAUUAAGCUGUUGUAAGCCAAAGACUUACUCUUUCUACUGCUUUAGCCUUUAGGUGGGCAACUUGACGUUGCCACAAUGAGCACAACUCAGGUGAUUGUUGACUUCAAAUAUUGAGAAAAUUAGUUGGCUUUGGACUGUGCUUAGUUGGUUUCACUGCUUACAACAUUCUUCAAAUUAGAGGUUAUAGUUUAUACUUAUACAAAUGAUGUUGAAAUGAGCCUUCUCUAACUUCUACGGUUGUCGAGGCAACUUAUCUAUUUGCGGUAGCUCGAUGGUAGCAUCUUCAAUUGUGGACCUGUUUCAACUGCUUCCAGAAGUGCAUUUAGUUGUGUCUUUGAAUACCUGAACAGUCCAAGUCUUAUGCCGGCUGUGUUCCUGUUCUUGCAUUUGGAGCGGCAUUGUUGUGGCAGGUAUUCCUGGUUUCUUAGCAGGCUUCUUGAGCAAUGGCUUUUUCUAAGAGGGACUCGUUUGCUUCCUCCCCUGGAUAAGAAGAAGAUGACGAUGACAAAUUUUCCAGAUUGAUCUUAUUCUCUCUUAAAACUGGGUGAGCAUUACUGAUAUCAGAAAUGGGUGCAGAAGGAUCUAUGCCUGAGACUGAAAUGAAGCUGAGAUUAGAGAGUCUACCCUCUUUGUCUGUACCUGUUUUCUGAUAAAAAGUUUCUCUGAUGGAGAAGUUGAUCACUCAACUUCAAGAUAAGAUUCCAUGGAUCUUUUAGAAUUCUUCUUGUCUGGAUACCCUGUUAUUUCAGUGCCAAUGAUCAACCUUCAGCUUUCGUCAAUGAUCUUGCUUGG